AUGGAAUACGUGUUCUGGCCACAAUCACUGGAAAAAGGUAAAUAUGGGUCAAAGAUAGUCUUAGCUCUGCGAGAGUCCGAUACUGGUUGGAUGGUGUUAGCACUUCUUGAGAAACAGGAAUAUACUACACUGUUGAAUUCUGGCAAUUGCGAAAAAUACGGGUUUUCUAGAAUAGGGACAUGGGAACCUAAUUCAGGUCUGAACUUUGAGAUCAAUCCGAAAGCUCUGGUUUUUUUGGUAAAAUUCAAGCCUCCCAGACUUAACUUGAUGCAAUUUUAUAGCUUGGAGCCCAUUGCGCUUGUUUUACCCGAAAAGGACUAUCUCAUCGAUUCCACAUCCAACAAACAUAGGCCAUUGCGUGGUCAAAGCAAAAGCACGGAUUCGUCGAAUUGUGGACUUCGAAAAUCUAUUAAUCUCAUCAACUUGUACCGCAAGCAUUUGCACAGCCUAAGUCUUGCAAAUGAGAGUGGCAUCGAACGGGAAACAUCACAAUCGUCGCUUUUCAGCCGAAAAGCGCUUUUCCAAAAUUCAGUCAUUAGACUGCGUCAUUGUGCAAUAUACCUGAUCGCUUGUGCGCAUUUCUUAGCCGCCACCUUGGUCGCUUUUCUCAACAUGACGCCAUUGAAACUGGUGAGCUUCUCAUCCACAGCGCAGCAAAUUGACUUGCGCUCCCGCCAGCUAUGCUACUUUCCGGAGCAAUUCCUUCGAAUUUACAACAACGAAUCCCUAGGCAGCUCACACACGACAAAACUGAGACCUCAUAAUACCGCGCAUGUACAGGUCUUCCCUUGCAAUAGCUACCCAGACUACAUUAGAUUUUACAACACAGUAUGGCUUAUAGCUAACGACGUGUCCUUUGGGUUGUCCGUGGGUACAUUGUUGGCAGAAAAUCAACGCACGAUAGCUGUUUUCUUGAAUAACAUUUUUACCAGAUACCUGUUCGAAAAAGUUCAUUUUGUAACAGAAGCUCUAAGUCAAAAUCCACUGGGCAUCAAGUUGAAUGGAGAGCUUGCAAAGUUUCUGAGCGAUCUUUUUUUGUGGACAAUUGACUUUUCCUAUUCCCUGUACAUCAAGCGAAUUACAAGCGCAAAGAAUAUCGGUAUGUUCAUUAAUGUCAUUUCCACAGCUUCUUGCUGCUUUGGUGUUACUUUUGCACUUGCAAUUGCGGUCGAUUUGAUAUCUUUUGUCACCAUGCAUAUUUCCCUUUUUUACUUCAUCAGUGCUAAGAUGUACCACUGGCAACUGCAUAUUAUGCAAACGCUUUUAUACUUGUUUUACGGCAAGAAGCGUAACGUUUUGAGGAACAGAGUUGAUUCGAACUUGUUCGAACUAGACCAACUGUUGAUGGGAACCCUUUUUUUCACGAUUUUGAUCUUUUUGCUGCCCACUUUUCUGAUCUUUUAUGUUCUGUUUACCAUUUUACGUUUGACAGUUUUGCUUCCAGAGCUAGUUCUCGAGUUUAUUAUGGCCUUGUUGAACCAUUUUCCCCUGUUUGUAUUGCUACUGAGGAUAAAAGACCCAAUGCGUAUUCCAGGUGGCAUUUUAUUACAGCCUGUCAAUGGAGGUCCCGAGUUCAAGCUAGAAAACAAUCCACUGAGCUUGAGGAGAAUUUUCAGGCCAUAUGCGGUUCUUCUCUCUACCAUGGCCGAAACCUAUUUUUCCGUAUCGACAUUUCGUGAAAUACUGGUGGGCUAUCCAAUGACCAUAAAAAGACACAGGAUGUACCGCAUAUUAUAUUCGACACUCCCGGAAGUGCCCACCAAGACUAGCCAGGUAUGGGUGUCAUUGAUGUCCUUUGCCAACAAGCGGGGGAAUGCAUCGAAAUCUACCAAAACUUAA